CUUAACACGCGGUAGCGGUGUUGGUGCUAUUAGGCGCUGGCGGCGACAAGGAGGAAUCGAGAAGCCCGGUAAGACGAGCUUUGCGUUCUAGUCGAAAGAUGGGGAAGCCACCCGCAAUCUCCACAGCCAACAACACGCGCUGUAGAUUUCUCCCGGAAGAGGUAGCGGAGAUGGAGAAAUUGUUAGUACACCACAAUGGACUCACUCCAUGCCGCAGCGUACAGGAAGCCCUCGCGGAAAAAUUCAGCAAAGGAGCUGCUCGCACGGGUCAUGCUCCAGUCCGGCCAAAACAGAUCUGGAACUGGUUCCAAAACCGGAGAUAUAAACUGUCAAAGCUGGAUAAAGUCGAUCAAGGAGCAGGACCAUCGUCCUCUGGAAGAAGUAUGAUCAAAUGCACGGCAGAGCAGCUCCUUGCUCAAAGAGCAAACGGGCUUCAAUUCGAGGCCAUCUCCAGCAAAGAUGGUGCCUGGUACGAUAUCAGAUGUUUUCUUGGAUAUAAGCUCACCGAAAUGGGGCCGGAGAUUUUUAUAAGAUACGCUGGACUGGGUGGAGACGAGGAUGAAUGGGUAGAGCUCAAGUCCAUUCGGAGGAGAUCACUACCGUGUGAAGGAUUCGAGUGUCUUGCAGUUUAUCCCGGAGACAAUGUUCUAUGCUUCCAAGAAGGCGACGAGCAUGCUCUUUACUACGACGCGAGGGUGAUCGACGUCCAGCGAAAGAGGCACGACUCCCGGGGGUGCCGCUGUAGAUUUUGGAUUCGCUACGACCACGAUCAAUUCGAGGAAGUGGUGACGCUGAGGAAGGUGUGUAGAAGGCCCGAGACGGAUGCUCGCUUGAAGACCCACUUCGAGAGCAGUGAUGGCAGCCAGCAAAAGCCACAAGAGAAGUUCGCACACUUCGAGGACGAUGAAGGCGAGCAAGAAGUUGAUCAAGAACAAAUCCAAGAAGAAGAGGACCAGCAACAAGCACAUGAGGAUUAUACGAAAUCGUGUGUGUCAGGUGUCGCUGGUGGCUUGUCAAUCGAUCUAAACGCCACGCCUCCAGUGGAAGCAUUUGGUCUGCGGCAGUCUUCUGGUGGAUCAUUUUUGCAACCUGAGAUUAGAGCAUUAUAAAAACAGUCGAAAUUUUGUGUACAUCAAAAUGAUUUCAAUGAUUCUUGCUAUGAUAAUUUUAAUAAGAAUUAAUCAUGCUUUAAAA